AUGUCACCUUUCACGCUGGUCGCAGUCAUCAGUGCCUCGUUCCUCGCAUUCGCCACUGCGAAGGGCGCUGAGCCAGGAACAGGGCCAACGUACUCCGUAUCCCUGGGUCGUCAAUGCUCUAGUCUUAGUUGCACUGACGUAGUAGAAAAGUGGAAGAAUGCCUACAGCAACUUCAGUGGAUUGCCUCCACCGAAGAAGGAUACUGAGGUGUUGUAUACCAGUCGGGAAAACAUCUCUUUUGUGGCAAUAUACAACCCUUCCAAAGAUGCUACCGCCGACUGCCGAGUCGUCACCUGCACUAGGAAGAUCACCAACGCUCCAGCGGGCCUGUUAUCUGACGUGGGUGAGGAAGAGGGGGAGGAAGACACCAAAACUGAAGAAACGAAGGAAGGCUCUGCUUUGAUUUGCAUGACGACACCUGACGUCCUUCCGGAUAACAGUGAAAACCCCCCUUCCACAGAGGAACAGUGGGGGCAGAUCGUCACCGCCUUCGAAGGAACCGCCUCGACUGUUCUGCCCACUUUCCUCGGCCUUGCCGCAGCAUUGCUUGGCGUUGCGACCGCUUUUUGA